AUGGACAAUGGCAUCCUUAGAGUGACACUGUCAAAACCAGAUGGCAUUGUGACCGGCAUUAAGUACAACGGCAUAGACAAUUUGCUUGAGAUUGCUAAUGAGGAAUCUAAUAGAGGAUAUUGGGACUUUGUUUGGAGUCCUCCUGGAAGUACUGGAACUACAGGAACAUUUGAAUUGAUCCGUGGGGAAAAAUUUGAAGUUGUGGUGCAGACAGAGGAACAAAUCGAGCUAUCAUUCUCAAGAACAUGGGAUGUAAGUGAGCAGGGAAAGUUUGGACCAUUAAAUAUAGACAAAAGAUUCGUGAUGCUUCGCGGCUCAUCAGGCUUCUAUUCAUAUGCAAUUUACGAACAUUCAGAAGAGUGGCCGGGUUUCAACCUCGACGAGACAAGAAUUGUUUUCAAACUGAGAAAAGACAAGUUUCAUUAUAUGGCAAUGGCGGACAACAGGCAGAGAUAUAUGCCAUUGCCGGAUGAUCGGUUAGCUGGCAGAGGAGAAGCUUUAGAUUAUCCAGAAGCUGUCCUUUUGGUAAAUCCAAUUGAGGCUGAGUUUAUAGGAGAAGUGGAUGAUAAGUACCAAUAUUCAGGUGAUAAUAAAGAUGUGAAGGUCCAUGGUUGGAUAUUAUUGAAGUUUGGAGAAGGCGAGAGAUGGAAGAAGGUUUUUGGUCCGGUUUUUGUUUAUCUUAAUUCUGCCGCCCCUCAAGAAUCCGACCCUCUUUUGCUGCUUUGGGAAGAUGCCAAACUUCAGAUGGUCCCAUACCUCAAUCCGGACCGGUAUGCUCUCCGGUCCCCGGUUGGACCUACCGGUCCGGUCCGGCUUUGA